UUGGUAGCCCAGGCUGGCCUCGAACUCACAGAGAUCCACCUGGCUCUGCCUCCCGAGUGCUGGGAUUAAAGGCGUGCGCCACCAACGCCCGGCUUAAAGCUGGUCAUUUUAGUGCAUCCUGUGGGUGUGGCGGACCCAAGCUUCCACUUUCAGUAGCCUGAGACUGUAGGAGGCUCUUUAGGGUCCUGGAGAAUAAAGAGAAUGGGAGAAAAAUAUAGACGAGGGGAGGAAGUGCUUCUUGGGUGACUGUUGGGUAUCUUGGCUGUGUGAUAAAUUUUCCCAGUGCACAACAGCUUAGAACAACAAAGCAGUUUCUCACUCGGAUUCUUGCUUGGGGGGGGGGGGGGCGGGACCUAGAAACGCCUUAGCUCCAAGGUUCUGGUUCAGGUACUCUCACAGGACUGCACUCUCUGAUGGCCCGUCUGCAGCUGAAGGAUCAGUUUCAGAGCUAGCUCAUGCACCUCCUGUUUCUCACCACAGGGGUAGGCGUCCCCAUAGGCAGUGGGUAUCUUCACAUUGAAGUAGCUGCUUCCCUCACAGUGAAUGACACCGUGAGGCAGAAAAAAACGCGGCAUUAUCCAUAGUCCAACUUCGGAAGUGAGGCGGUAGCUCACUGACCCCACAGCUCAGCUGUGACGUGAUGGAGAGGCCACGCGCAAGAGUCGUAAUCAGUGGAAUUACUGGAACCAUCUUUUUUUGUUUUUGAGACAGGGUCUCAUGUAGUCCAGGCUAGGCCUAAAUGCUGGGAUUACAGGUGAUCACCACCAUGCCCAGCUCUCUGGGAACCGUCCUCAAAGUGGCUCCCCUGGUGACUUCCGUGCCUUCCUUCUCUGAAGACAUUCUUGUGACGCUGCUCAAGGCCAGGCUUGGAGAGCCAGCUGGAGAUUCGGUUUGUGAAGACUGGGAAUGUGUUGAGGAACUACAUAGAGGACUUUAGUUAGGGGGCUGUGGGGAGCACUGCUCUGGCAGAGGACUCAGGUUCAGUUCCCAGCACCCAUGUUGGGCAGCUCACAACCUUCUGUAACUCUAGCUCCAGGGGCUCUGACUCUCGGCCUCCAUGGGCACCUGCACUCAUACAUAUAUAUCCAUUCCCCCCAUGCACCUAAUUAAAAACAAAUUUAAAAAUAAUUUGAGUCAGACCCAAUAAUAAUAUCUAUUCCCUCAACACUGAAGAGUAUAGUGGGAACAUGGAUCUGUUUGGAGAUAUAGAUGACAUUUCUUCAGACAGCGAUGUGGACCAGCGAACACCUGUCCCAAGACAGCCUGAUGGCGGCCGCAGAGUGCCUCAGAACCAGCAUGUGGAACGGCGUGUUUCUGAAACCAGAAUAAAAAUAGAAAUUCCCAGCAUCAACUCUGACUUAGGGAAUGAAUUGUAUUUUGUUAAACUACCUAGAUUCCUCAGGAUAGAACCCAAACCUUUCGAUCCUCAGCUGUAUGAAGAUGAACUUGAGGAUGAGAAAGUGCUUUAUGAGGCAGACAAAACCAGGCUGAAAUUGAAGGUGGAAAAUACUAUCCGCUGGAGGGUAGGCCGGGAUGAAGAAGGAUAUAGAGUUAAAGAGAGCAAUGCUCGAAUAGUCAAGUGGUCUGAUGGAAGCAUGUCCCUGCAUUUAGGCAGUGAAGUGUUUGAUAUCUACAAAGCUCCACUGCAAGACAACCUCAACCAGCUGUUCAUACGGGAGGACACUGGUCUCCGGGGACAAGCCGUCUUCAAGUCCAGACUUAGCUUUAGACCUCACUGUACAGACAGUGCCACAUAUAAAAAGAUGACCCUGUCAUCUGGGAGCAGAAGUUCAAAGACACAGAUUAGAAUCUUACCGAUGGCUGGUCGUGACCCUGAGUGGCCACGCACAGAUUUGAUUCAGAAAAAAGAACGCUCGAGGGUGUCUACUCCACGGAAGAGGAAGAAGCAGCCAGCUCCAAGUUCCACCAUCCAGCAGCCUGACGGUGAUGACAAGGAAGAGAAGGAAGGAGAAGAGGGGGAAGACAAGGCCUCCGGACUAGUUACCAUUAAAAACCAUUACCGGGGAGCAGUCCACGAGGAACAAGCCCUGUCCUCCUCAGACGGCGAUGGUGAUGAAGGAGCUGAAGAAGAUAAGGCCGGAAGAUUACUUAAAGCAAAGAAACUCGAGAUGAACCCUCCAGAAAGAGACCAAGGGUUGAAGAGGAAGAAUGAAGUGUGAAAUGAAUUGUGCACUGGUGUCUAUCCUAUUUAAGUCCUCAGUUUCCUGUUUGUGCUGGGAUUGAAUCUAGGGCUUCCUGUCUGCUGAACAUGCAUUUUACUGCUUAGGGACAGCCCAAGCCCAUUGGAUAUAUUAAAGCAAGAAUGAUUGUUUUGACCCACAUGAACCAAUGAAUGAGAUGGGCCAUGCAGAAACCAUGUCUCCUCUCAGAUGGCCACUAGUUCAGGAUGAGAGUCCCACUCUGGGGACCUAACAUACAUACCCCUGAUUGCCUUCCAAAGGCCCAUCUCCAAGUCCCACCACCACUGCGUGUUAGGACUUCAGUAUAGGAAUUUGGGGAGGAUAAACAUAUUGAGUCUGUAAUAGGCAGGAAAGACUAGCUUGGGAAUUAGUAAGCUUGAUCUCUUAAAAAGGUUUAUUAAUAAAUCAGACGAGCAUACAAAGCAGUGGGCGUCACAGCGACUGCCUCAUACGCAUGUGCUGUUAUACUUGGUUCUCAUUCACGCCCCUCCCCACACCACAAUAAGCCGGUUCCUGAAGGAAGAUGUGAUGAAUGUUAGAAUUCUAAAACUGAAGAGAUUAAAAAAAGUCUGAAUAUAGGAUAUUUGAUGAACUUUAAUAGUUAAUUUGUUUUGGUAUACAGUAUGUUUUAAAUGCCUAUAGUCUUCAAAAGAAACUUUUCUUUGUUAUAAACUGGGUGGAUAAUAAACUUGUGAUUUAAAUGUCA